AUCCACGGUCAAGUUAACACCGAGCCUCAACGUCAAGUUUACUCCUCUGAUAUCUCAAAGAAUCCGUCGCAUUUAAACAUUGACCUUGUCCAUCCUGACAAAAAUUUGUACUUCGAAUUUUUUCAAUUGAGCUUGAACUGUCAACACGUUCUUCGUUCUUCACUCCCUCUGUUACAUGUGCCAACCCACCCACUGAUAGUUAUACCAUCAUGACCACGCAACUAAAAGCCCAAGAAAUCUUUCAGCAGUUUGCCUCUGAGCCCGAAGGCUCGACCACGAAAGUGCUCUUGUUUCCCGAAUUUGCAACUAUCUUGUCGCCAUUUGAAAACGACUUGCCUAAGCUGUCUUAUGCUUUGCUCUACUUGAUGGCCGACAGGGGCCACAAGGGCUUUGUCGAUGAACAUGACUUUGUCUCUUUCAUCGACUUGUUGACCUCGGACGACGGAGAAUUCAAGGUCUUGUUCAAUAUCCUCGCCAACAACAAAAAAAAAUUGUCGUACAUUGACUGCGUGGAUGAACUUUCCAAGUUGAACAAGGCUAUCGACCCAGACUAUCAGAUGAAGAAGCGCAAGUUCAACUGGACCUACUUGGAACGUUUCUUUUCUCCCCAGGGAGAGAUCGACUUUUUGGACUUCAUCUCGCUUGUCAACAACUUGCCUGUGACGAAAUUGAUUGGUGGUUUCGAGGUGCUUUCAGGCAGAGCUGGUGUCAUUGACAAAGAAGGAUUGGCUCACUUGCUCACCACCAAUCUCGGCCACAAGUUGUCUGCUCGGUUGAAAAACAACUUGCAGACCUUGCCAGACUUCUUCCACAAAGAGUCGUUUACCUUGUCAAAUGUCAUGUUGGUGUACAACUGCUUGAACAAGUUGGACUUGAUCAACGAAGUCAUUGCCAACACUCCGCCAACAACGGCCGAGAAGGCCGAUAUCUUGAUCAACAAGAAAGAUUUGCAUCGCCACUUGAAUGACCACCUCUUGAAAUCAUCGAAUUUCAAGCCCAUCACUACCCCCGAGUUGGAUAUGUUGUUCUUCUUGAUCAACAGAGACGAAGAGACCAUCAGCCGGAGGGAGUUGAUCUCGUGUUUGAACCCGAGUUACUUGAACAAUGUGCACACUUUGCCAUCGAUCUAUGAACACCCGGCUUCACAGCCUGUCACAAACGACAACUUCUCGCUUUGGCCGAUCUUUGAUUCUAUGUAUUCUUUCUUCCUAGGCUCUAUUGCCGGGUGUAUCGGCGCCACUGCCGUGUACCCCAUCGACUUGAUCAAGACUAGAAUGCAGGCCCAGAAACACAACUCUCUUUAUGCCAACUCUUUGGACUGCUUGAAAAAAAUCCUUAGACACGAGGGCCCCAAAGGCUUGUACUCGGGUUUGGCCGCUCAAUUGGUUGGUGUUGCUCCAGAGAAGGCUAUCAAAUUGACCGUCAACGAUUUGAUUCGCAGGAUAGGAACAACUGAUAAUGGAACCAUCACUAUGGGCUGGGAGAUAUUGGCCGGCUCCUCUGCAGGUGCCUGUCAAGUGAUUUUCACCAACCCGUUGGAAAUUGUCAAAAUCAGAUUGCAAAUGCAAGGCAGUGCAUCCCUCAAAACUUUGGCCCCUGGCGAAAUUCCAAAGAAGAGGUUGACUGCAGGUCAAGUCAUUAAGCAGUUGGGUCUCAAGGGUUUAUAUAAGGGUGCCAGUGCCUGUUUGUUGAGAGAUGUGCCAUUCUCUGCGAUCUACUUCCCCACCUAUGCGAACAUUAAGUACCACUUGUUCAAUUUCGAUCCACAUGACCCAAAUAAGAAGCAUACGCUUAGCACAUGGCAGUUAUUGGUUUCUGGUGCCAUGGCAGGUGCUCCUGCUGCGUUCUUUACAACUCCCGCAGAUGUCAUCAAAACAAGAUUGCAAAUGGAAGCGAAGAAAGGCGAUGUCAAGUAUAGAGGCAUUACUCAUGCUUUCGGCACUAUUUUGAAAGAGGAGGGAUUUACUGCCUUUUUCAAAGGAUCCCUCGCCAGAGUGUUCAGAUCAUCUCCUCAGUUUGGCUUCACCUUGGCCUCCUAUGAGCUCUUGCAGAAUUUGUUCCCAUUGCAUCCACCUAGCACCAGAGACUCCAACUUUAAGGCUGUGAGUGGAUACCCAGGUGUGUACAACUUGUCCAAUGACCAGGUAUACAACAACAAGUCUAGGUUCAUGCAUUUCAACCAAGAUGAGUUAUUCAAGCAACAUGGUUUGAAGUCUGAAAACGGCUUGUCUAACGCUUUAGUUAGUUUGCCUGCUGACUAUGUCUACAAGUCCCUGGAUGCGGUGAAAUUAUUGAUGGAUAUCGACUACAAAUUCGGCAACUUCGACUACGAAGCUUAUUCCAAGUACAUCAAACGUUAGAACUAUCUAGUGUCUGAUCAAAACAAAUGGGCCCGAAUACGCAAUUGUUUGUGAAAAAGGGCUCUUGCUGCAACUAGUGCGCAUAAUCAUAGAGUGAAAUGAAUAAAAGAUGAUUUUAGUCUUUGUACAGUGAAUCAUGCAUUCUGAUUUUGUAUGUCCUUCAUUCAGCCAGUAAAACACAAUUGUUUCACAGAUAACAACCCGUCAUCAGGAUUUAAUCAAAAAGGUCUGGCGAAUGAGUAAGCAUGUAUGUAUUCUUUGCGUCAGCCAAUAUAACAUUAGUUCCCAAUUCAAACAUGCGUGGCAUCGUAUCUCGAGGUGACGUGAACUUCAUAUUUAAGUUCAAAGUCUUUGAUGAUAGAAAUUUUGUGUCAAUCAACUUCAAUAUAC